GGCUUUUAUAUUUUCGUCAUGUGACUUUUUGAUAUCCGUAAAUUUCAUGUGAUGGACCCCAUCUUCAAAAGUAAGUAUUCGUUUUGUAAAUUAUUUUAAUAAAAGAUGUGUGAUAUAUUUGACUUAAAGCCGCAUACAUUAUUAACAGUUUAUUGUGUGUACCGUAGUUACAAUCUUGAAUCGUUACAAUUUACAAUCCCUUACUUACAAUGAUUGACUUACAAUUACAAACAUUCUACUUUUUGGCAAUUUUACUAAUUUUUUAAUUUUAGGCUUAGUUAAGUUAGGUUAGGUCUAUAACUAUAGCUAAUUUUGUCUACAAACUUAACUAUAACUAUAAUCAUAUAUAAUAUAAUUAUAAUGUUAGUAAUACUAUUAUAGUAUGAGUAUGCGGUAUGCAUAUACUAAUCUAUAUUCUAUAUAAUUAUAGUCUAUAUGCCUAUGACUAUGACCUAUGACUUUCCUUUACCUUUAGUUUACUGUGCCUAUACUUAGACUAUACUAUACUACUCUGAUAGUUCUGUGCCACUGCCACUCAGGCCACUGCCACUGGCAACUAUGAUUAUGAUGAACGAAUUGAAUGAGAAUGCCUUUUAUUUAUAUAAUAUAGGCAUAGGCCAUAGCCAUACUCACACUAUAACUAUAUUUAAUAUAAUAUACAUUACAUUACAUAGCCUAUUGACUGUUGAUUGAAAUAAUAUGAAUACUGAAUAACUAUUUUAUUAUUUAAUAAUUUAUUAGUUGUAGUAUUUAUUUAUUUUAUGAAUUAUUAUUAGUAUUAGUAUUAGUGGGCAUGAUUCUGACUGGCUUGGGCAGCAAGGUAGCUAGACUGUGGCUGGUGGUUUAAUAUUUUUUUAAUUUUUAAAAUAUAAAAUAAAUAUAUUAAAAUAAGUUUUAAUAAGUAAUAAGAAUAUAACAUACAUAAUAAGAAAAUAACAUACAUUUAUGAUUAAUUUAACAGAGCGAUUAUUCAUAGUCUGAUUCAACCAUUGGUUGGGAAUAAUGUUGAGCUAGUGGUGGUAAACUGUUUAUCAGAUGGGAUUAUAAUGCUGAGUAUUAUACUAUACACAAUCAGCUGUGUAUAAAUUGUUAAAAGCCUCCCUUAAUUUAAUUAGGCCCCUAUUUCUAAAAUGCGGAUUAUAAAUUCAUAAAUAUAUAAAUUAACAUACACUUACAAACAUUAAAACUACACAACUUAAUUUUUCCAUAUUCAUAAAAAUGCAAAUUAUACACCAUAAUUUUUAUAAAACUAAAAUGGUUUAAAUAGUAAUAUAGGCAUAGAAAAAAAUCAUAAUUUCAUAUACCUGAUAAUAUAUUGAAGACAGAAGUGCCAGAGAACAUAAUUUUUUCAAUUCUUUACAAAUUAACCUAAAUUCAGUAAUACAAACAGUUAUUCCUGUUUGCAUGACUAUCUGAGUACUUGUCUUUUUCUUAUGGACUCAACUGCAUGCUCAUUUAAUAUUGUAUGUUCCUGCCUAAUAUUUAAAUGUUACUUUAAAUUAUUAUUUUUUUUUUCCCUCUUUAAAGCCUCAUAAUUUUGAUGUUAUUUCAAUUAUUUAAUACUGUAUGUAAGGAUAACUAAUUUAUUUUAGGAUUGGAUGUCAAUGAAACAUGAAGACCAAGAAAAGGGGAUUUUAAUUGGAACUAUAAGCUACAUGCAUGUGACCUGAAAAAAUUGAGCAUCUUAGAAUCUUAGCAUUAUGACAGAAGUGCUUUUUAAAGUCAUCAUUAUUGGUGAUCCAACUGUUGGUAAAACAUCAUUUGUUCAAAAAUAUGUCAAUAAUUCUUUUAGGGGUGACUAUAAGAUGACUAUUGGAGGUGAGUUUUUCUUAUAUAAAAGUUACACUUCUGAAAUAAAUUCAUGACUGUAAAAAAAUAAUGUUUGUGUUACUUAUAUUUUUAGCAUCUUUUAUAUCUAUUAAAAAAAGGGAUUUCUUGUGAUAACAUAAUUUUUUUUAAAAAGAAAACAUAAAACAACAGAAAAGUUCAGAAAAUUAUUUCUUGAUUGCUUCAUCAUUUCAAUAAUUGAAGCACAAUAACAGGAAACUAUUUACUUUCUUUGUAACUGUAUACAACAUAUGUUUUGUCUUUUCUAUCUCAGUUGACUUUGCCUUGAAGGUCAUUAAAUGGUCUGACAAGUGUAACAUAAAGUUACAGCUGUGGGAUAUAGCAGGUAAAUUUAUAGACCUUUUUUUAUUUUUACUCUUUCUGAAUAUUUAAACAAAGUCCUGUUCCUACUGUUGUGUUAGUAUGUCCUUUAAUAUAAAAAUGUUUAUGUAUAAUACAGUGUGCUCAGAGGAUUCGCUUAUUUCAGGGCAAGAACGGUUCACAUCAAUGACACGUGUCUACUAUAAAGAUGCUCAUGCUUGUCUAGUCAUGUUUGACCUUACUCAAAAGAACACAUUUCAAAAUUCAAUAAAGUGGAAGAAAGAUCUUGAUUCAAAAUGUACAUUGAAGGAUGCCUCACCUGUUCCUUGUUUGCUUUUAGCCAAUAAGGCAAGUCUUUGAAUUAAAUACAUGGCAGGAAAUUAUUACUAUAGAAAAUGUUUAAUGUGGGGCUCAAAUUCAGCUCCUAUAAUUUGUAAUAACUGCCAAAGUUUAAAAGGUCUUGACAGUGGUCAUAAUAUUUUAAUUUAUGAGGCAUUUAGUUUCCCUAUUUCUGAGAUCCCAUUACCAAAACUAUAUUUGAGGUUAGAAUUAUAUCAGUAGCCGUUAAACACAUUUAAAAAAACAAGAAUAAAUGUCCCUCUUGUAAAUAACGCUUAUAUGACCAUUAGCCAUUUAUAUGGACCCUGUGUUUAAUAGAAAAACUGGCAGAACUCAUUCCAGGUUCAAGCUAAGGCUUAUAAAUUCCUUAGCCCCAGUAAGCUCUCAUUGAUCAAUGUUCGAUUCAUUAUUGGAUGUGAAAGCUAUUAUUUAACGAACAAUUUAUUUCAUUAAUUUUUUAAAAAAAUGUUUGUCAUUAACAAAUUAUAAUUCCAUAUUGUACUUUAAAUCUUGGAAACUUUGAAAAACUGGAAGUUAUAAAAUAAUAGUAGAAGUACAAGAUUAUUUACCAGUAGAUAUUUAUCAGAAAGUGUAACAUAGUCAUUUCAAAGACAAAUAUGGUACAUAAAACUAUUGUCAUUAAUCCAAGUUUGGAUGGAUUGUUCAUAAACUCCAGGACCUAAGUGCUGGUACUUUGAGAAGCAUCAAAAAAGCCAUGACUGCCAGUUGAAUCUGAUUUAGUUUUACUUUAAGUAUUUAAGAUAUUAAAAGCUGUUAAGAUUGUUGCAUACUAAUACUUCAUUGUCUUUGUAUAACAAUUAAUAAAUAAUUCAAACAAUUCUUCAAACACUAAUAUAUUAUUUAAAAAUUGUAUUUUAAUUAGUGUGAUGACACUGAACUAAGAGAAGUCACUCAGGAUGAAAUAGAAGAGCUUUGUCGAGACAAUGAUUUUCUAGGUUGGAGUGAGACUUCUGUGAAAGAGGGAACAAUGAUUGAGGAAGCAAUGGGGUAAGUCACUAAAUACUGCAUUCUCUGAAACUCAGUGAAACAAUCAAUUUUUCAUUUUGAGACACUACUUGGUGUACUGGUAGUUCAGAAUAUUUUUUUUUUAAUCUACAGAUUUCUUAUUGAGGAAAUGAUGGCCAAGCAUGCAGAGCUCGAGGGAUUUUCUGAUUCUUAUCCAGGACCUGGUUCGAAUAUCAAAUUAAGGAAAGAGGAAAAUUCACAGCAGAAUGGAUCUAAGUGUUCCUGUUAACAAGUGUUUAUGUUGCAAUCUGAAGUUUAAUAAUGCAACAUUAAACACAUGGUUUCUUGCUCACACACACAAUUCAAUGAAGCUCAGUUUGAAUGUUUUGAGAGAGUAGCUUAACUCUAUAGCAAAUCUGAAACACAUUUCAUUGACUCAUUAUAGUAAUAACUGGUACUUCUCUACUAUCUGUCUUCUAUUAAAAGAAAUUGUUUAAAAAAAUAUUUGACUUUCUAAGAGUGCAAUAGUGCCAAGUCAAUUUAUUGGCUAAAUGCCCUGAUUGAAUAUUUAAACGGGUAAAACAAUCAAAAUGCUUAUCAGUGUACACAACUAUAUUAGUAUUUGUGUGCAACUGAUAAUUCUAUGCAAAUAUUUACUUUGUAAAGUAAUAUUGAACAUUGAAAAAAAUGACAUUUUAAAUAAUCAAUGCUUUGUGUGGUUAAUUAUAUCAUCAUAGUAUAAGUAAAAAUGAUUGUAUUUGUAUUGAAACAUUCAGUUUUAUUAUGUUUUCUCAAGUGCCAGUGUCAUACAAAAUCUAAGCCCUAACAAAGAUUAAUUAAUUAUUUUUAAAAAAUCAUUUAAGUUAUUUUCUAUCACUAAUGUCUACGGUAUGUCUAUAUAUUGAUGAUGAGUCAGUGCAACUUUCAUUAUUUACUAGUGAUGCAUCUCAUAUUCAAUUUAGUGCUGAAUGAGACAUAACAUGAAAACAUGAAUCAUUAUUAUUUAGCCAAUAGAAUAUUGCGAGCUUAUACAAAUAGUAAAUUAAUCAACUACUUGAAUAUGUCAAAGGGGUGCAGCUAAUAAUACAAAUGUUUGUGUGUGUGUGUGUGCGUGGAGGGGGGGGCUUAAUCCCUAUACGAUCUUCCAAAGCAAUUAGGUUAUUGCAGAAAGAUUAGCAAAAGUAUCUUUAUAUUGUCAACCUUUCAAUGACAGAUAUAUGUGACUCUGAAGAUCCACCCAGAGUUCAGAGGAAUUAUGGGCCCAUGGCAAAUAUAGGGUAAACCACCAACCUUUAGCUCAAACUUCCUUAAAGAUCCACUCAACAUAUUUCUGAAUAAGAAAAAAAAAAUUUUACUUUAAUUUACUAGUCAUAUUUUCCAGAAUGUUUCAAGGGCUCUUACCUUAAGGAUCUGUUAGUAUAAAUCCUUGUAUUUAAUGUAGAUAUUGCCAUGAAUGUUUACUCUCUAAGCUGUCAUAGACUGUAUUGGUAUUUGGGAUGCAAAUUGUAUAAGUAUGCUCAUGGGCGCCUACAGAAAACUUUCUAGGGGGGGGCAAAAAAAAUCAUUUAACUUUCUGG